AUGUUUCACUUAAUUGUGGUCACACCUGUUGUUUUUGGUGGAAUUCGUGUUUAUGUCAAACAUGAAGAAGGCGUGGUUGGCUUCUGUCCUGAUAAUACGCAUUAUUGUUAUAUUGAAAACUCUGAGUGUAUUGACGCCGUGUGUUAUUGUCUUCAAACACAUUAUAAAGUUAAUGACGAACUGUGUAUUUCAAAGAAGGCAAAUGGUGCCGAUUGUACGCAUACUUACCAAUGUAACGACACUCAAGCUGAAUGUGUUGAUCAUGUAUGUACAUGUAAAGCUGGCUUAUUCGAGGAUACCAACAACGCUAAUACGUGUACAGAAAAAUUUGCAUUAGGGAGUACAUGUUCCAAAGAAAAUUUAAACCAAUGCGCUGACGUUAAUGCUGAGUGCAGGGGCAAUAUAUUUGAUACAAAUAAAUGUCUAUGUAAAACAACACAUUACAAAGUAGGAAAUGAAUGUGUGCCAAGACUUUCGGAGAAUAAAGUGUGUGAAGAGGGAGGACAUGAACAUCAGUGUGUAGAAAAAACGGUUUGUAAAAAGGUGGAUGGAAUAAACAAAUGCCAGUAUAAAAAUGAGAAUACAUUAGGAAGUAGUUGUACAACAAGUAGCACAAACGAUGUGUUUAUUGACCAAUGUGCGGUACCUGAUGCUGAAUGUAGAGAUGAUAUUGAUGGUACCAUUAAAUGUCUAUGUAAAACAACGCAUUACCAGACCAGCAAUGACGUUUGUAUUCCAAAAACUUCAACUGAAAAGGAAUUCACAGUCACAACGGAAUACAGCGAUCCAAAUACUAACUGCAUCGAAAACCUUUGUCAAUGUAAGCCUGGCUUCUUUAAAGACACCGACACAAACAUAUGCCAUGCUAAGAUUGGACUUGAAACCAGCUGUCAACCGGAAUCUAUUGACCAAUGCGCUGACAAUAACGCAGAAUGUGACAAUGAUAUGUCAGGUGUUUUCAAAUGUGUGUGUAAAACAACACAUUAUAACAGCAAUAGCGAAUGCCUACCCAGGAAGGCCGAAAACGAUGAUUGUGAAAUUGGUGGACACGAACUCCAAUGUGUUGACAAUGCAUCAUGCCAAAUCGUCAAAAAUGUAUACAAAUGCAUGUGUGAUGAAGGCGUAAACUUUAACGGUGAAUGUAAUGGAGUAAACGAAAUGUUACCAAGCCUUCUUUGUAUGCUCCUGAAUCUACUCGUCAUGUUACACUGUAUAGGGAUGUAAAUGGACAGGAAUGGCAGUGAUACUUCAUCUUAACUCUGUCAGCUUCAUUUUGUUCGUUAUAGUUUUGAUAUUAUUCAAGCCAGUGGCACUUUAAAUUUGUAUAUACUUUCAUGAGUGCGUAUGAGAAUAUUUUACUCGAUAACACAUUUAAUCAGAAAAGAUGACACUUAUUUGCUCGAGUGUACCUGGUAAAUACCAUUUCAGAAACUUAAGUUUGUAUUAUAUUUGUUUAUACAUUUUUGUCAAUAAAUCAAGGUUAGCAUUU